UCUCCAGUUGUGUUCAUCUCUCAUUAUAAUUAAAGGAAGUAAGUAGAUUUACUGCAUUGUAUUGUGUUAUGCUGUUGUUUGUUUAAAGAGGAUGUGGAGUAUUAGGAAGAUGAAAACCCAUCUGAGGAUUUUGAAUCUUUAUAUUGCUUUUAGUGGUGUGUUGAUGAAGUCUGGAAAUGAUUAUGAGGGAACAGUAGGACAAACUGUGGAUAUCAGAUGUCCUGUUCCAGAUGAAUACACAAAUACACCAAAGUACUUUUGCCGUGAUCCGUGUGCUUCUAAGAAUGUUUUGAUUCAAACUGAAAAGACUGAUCUGGUCGUCUCAGCUGGAAGAUAUUCUGUGGUCUUCACUGUGAAUGCCAAAACCUUCGCCGUAACCAUCAGACAUCUAACACUCAAAGACUCUGGUGUUUAUUACUGUGGAAUUGAUAAAUGGUUUGCCGACAAACAAAUUAAAGUAAAGCUGUCUGUUAAAGCUCCAGCUUCUUCAUUCAGCUCCACAGACACGCCUCAAUACACAGUGUCAACAAGGAUGAAAACAGACUCCUCUGCAGACAGUUCAAGCUCACCCCCAACAGUCCACUCUACAAAUUCCAAAGCACAGACUGAUUAUGUAAAAACAAAUUCUGCAGUCGAUGUGAGUGUUGUGUGCAUAGUUGUUCUGUGGCUGCUGGUUUUCUGGUUUCUUGUGACCUUGGUGUUACUCUACAAGAGAAGAUCACAUACAAAGUCUGAAUCUGUGACCCCUUCCUUUCCUGAAAAUCCAGUUCCAAAUCUUCCAGAUAUCAACCAGGUUGAGAUCCCCAAGCGUCUGAAAUAGCAUAUGCCCUUGGAAUACCCUGGAACCUUAAGAGACCCAUUAUCUUGAAAAUCAUUGUUGUUCAUCUAAAUAUCUAAGGUGGGAUACACCAAGUUGUCCACUUAACCAGCUGAGUGUGAUUUAUUUUUCUUGGACUGACAGUAAUUCAGUGAGGUUGAGUUUUAUGACACAAAGACACUGUUUUGGAUCUAGAUGAGAUCUUGGGAUUUACAGUCUGUCAUAAUGAAUAUAUAUGUAAUGAUGUGUUCAUUUUUAUCAGGAGGUUUGUUUGACCUUGUGAUUAGUUUUUUUAAUGCAACACACUGCUUUUCUGAAGCUAUCUCUCAUUAAAAUAAGAUAUCAAAUCCAUGACAAGCAUUUGUUACAUUAUUCCUAUAUUCUACAAACAAGAUUAAGAUGUUUUUUGUAGCAAUUUGAAAGAUUGUAAUUUGCAUCAGUUUUUAAUUGUGAUAAACAUUUUAAUAAACAA